AUGUCAAUUUCUGUUUCUCGAUGGGCUGGUCAGUUCGUCAACUUUUCACUUCAAUACGUUCUUGACUGUGAUAUUCUUGGCGACUCAUGUGUUGAGCGUACGCCGCUUAAUGCUUACCAACUAUUUUGGACAUAUCAUCCUCCGGACUACAAGAGUUGGGAUAAACCAGGAGAUUCAGAUUCAGAAAGAACAAAUUUCAUGCAAGCACCACGAGCAGACUUCAAAAGAGAAAAUUGUGAAAACAACAGAUGUUAUCCAGGUUUAACAAAUUGCAAGCAUCAUUGGGCUUUAACAGGAAGUUGUAAUCCAGGAGAUCCAGAGACAGGAUGUCCGAUAUAUUUCCUUUACAAUUGGAGAUGGAUCAAAUCACAUCUUUGGGAAGUUGGUGCUGUCACUUCUUCAAUAACUGUCUACCCAUCGUUAUUUAGCUAUGAGGGUGGUAUUUACUCUAGCUACUGGGAUGAAGAUGGUAAGACCCGAAAUGAUUGGGAUAAAAUUAUAGGAAUGCUAGAUGUAACAAUCAUUGGUUGGGGACAGAAUGAUUUGAAUUUAAAUAAGAAUCAUGCUGAUAAUGUUAUACCACUCCAGCGUUGGUGGUGGGUUAUUCCCCAUUUCGGUGCUGAUUGGGGAACAAUAUAUGGUGGAAGUAAUGAUGUUGAAUUGGAGUCUUUAAUCAUUACUGGAACAGGAAUUUUCAAAACUGAAGGCGAUAAAUUAAUUACUGAAUUAAAUCAAUCUGAAGUUGGUAAAGGAGGCUUCAUGAGGUUUAACAGGAGAUUUGAUGACUGCAAUAUCGAAUCCCAAGCCGUAGGUGCAGUUCCAUAUAACUUUGUUCCCCUCCCGCACAGAACUCCUGCACCAACAGAAUUUCAAGAAAACUAA